AUGGCAUUACGAUUUCCAAGGUUUAGCCAAGGCUUAGCUCAAGACCCCACUACUCGUCGUAUUUGGUUUGGUAUUGCUACCGCACAUGACUUCGAGAGUCAUGAUGAUAUUACUGAGGAACGUCUUUAUCAGAAUACUUUUGCUUCUCACUUCGGUCAAUUAGCAAUAAUUUUUCUGUGGACUUCCGGAAAUCUGUUUCAUGUAGCUUGGCAAGGAAAUUUUGAUUCGUGGGUACAUGACCCUUUACAUGUAAGACCUAUUGCUCAUGCAAUUUGGGAUCCUCAUUUUGGUCAACCGGCCAUGAAAGCUUUUACUCGAGGGGUGCUCUUGGCCUAG